CUAUAAGAAGGCCGGGCGGCGCGUGCGGGGUCCCCGCGGCGCCCCGGGCAGCGCGAUGUUCUGCCUCCGCGCGGCGCCAGCAUGUCCGCCGCCCCGCCGCAGCCCCCCGCGCCGCCCGCGGCCCCGCGCGGGACGCUCCGCGCCUCCUUCGCGCUCGCCCUGCUCCUGCUGCUCGCCGCCCUCUCCCCCAACGCCGCCUACUUCGGGCUGACGGGCAGCGAGCCGCUGGCCAUCCUGCCGCUGAGCCCGGAGCUGGAGGAGGCGGCCCUGCGGGCGCACUACAAGCUGUGCGACAGGCUGAAGCUGGAGAAGAAGCAGCGGCGCCUCUGCCGCAGGGACCCCGGGGUCGCCGAGACCCUCAUGGAGGCCGUCACCAUGAGCGCCCUCGAGUGCCAGUACCAGUUCCGCUUCGAGCGCUGGAACUGCACCCUGGAGGGCCGCUACCGUGCCAGCCUGCUCCGCAGAGGCUUCAAGGAGACGGCCUUCCUCUUCGCCAUCUCGUCGGCGGGGCUGACCCACGCGCUGGCCAAGGCCUGCAGCGCCGGGCGUCUGGAGCGCUGCACCUGCGACGAAGCCCCCGACCUGGAGAACCGCGAGGCCUGGCAGUGGGGCGGCUGCGGCGACAACCUCAAGUACGGCGCCAAGUUCGUCAAGGACUUCCUGGGGAAGAAGGCCAACAAGGACCUGCGCGCCCGCGUCGACUUCCACAACAACCUCGUGGGCAUGAAGGUGAUCAAGGCCGGCGUGGAGACCACCUGCAAGUGCCACGGGGUCUCCGGGUCCUGCACCGUCCGCACGUGCUGGCGCCAGCUGGCCCCCUUCCACGAGAUCGGCAAGGUGCUCAAGCAGCGCUACGAGAUGUCGCUGAAGGUGGGCAGCGCCACCAACGAGGCCGCGGGCGAGGAGGACCUGGCCCCGUCCCGGAAGGCGGCCGCCGGCCACGGCGACCAGAUCCCCCGGACCACGGACCUCGUCUACCUGGACGACUCGCCCAGCUUCUGCGCGGCGGGCCGCUUCUCGCCCGGGACGGCCGGCCGCAAGUGCUACAAGGACAAGAACUGCGAGAGCAUCUGCUGCGGGCGGGGGCACAACACGCAGAGCCGCGUGGUCACCCGCCCCUGCCAAUGCCAGGUCCGCUGGUGCUGCUACGUGGAAUGCAAGCAGUGUACGCAGCGCGAGGAGGUCUACACGUGCAAGGACUAGGCCGCCGACCUCCCCUCCCCCGGGGAGGCCGCCGGGGCCCGCGCGCGGCGGGCCCCUCCGGCCGUCGACGUGGACGAAGGAAGCACUUUGGUCGAAGAGUACGGGCGAGCCGGCUGCGUCGCUGUACGUAUUGUCGUUUGGGAUUUCGUCUCUCUCUUCCCCCUCCACCCCACCUCCCCGCCCC